GUGUAGAUACAACACAAUUCCAAUUUAGUUUUACUCAUGUUCACUUCGGACAAGUUUGGUAGAUUACAACGCUAGUAAAUUUGAAGUAGAUUUCAUAUUAAUGACUUUGCAAGUUUGUCUUAAAUAUGAUAAUUAUUGAUCAUUAAUAGUGAAUAGUGACAACGUGCUGAAAUGGAAAUAACAGGACAUUUUCGUUUACAAGAUCUCCCGUCGGUGUCGACGAAACAAAAAAUGACGAUCGAAGGAAAAGUGAAACGGAGCCAGUCCAUGAGAGCUUUAUCAACAUUUUAUUACAAAAGCCUCUCUAGCUCAAACGACUCCGAUUCCAGCAGCACAUCCGGUCAGACAUCGCCCAAAGACAAUCUUCCAAAGAUUUUCCGCUCCUCGUCCGUUUACGACAUUCAGGCGUUGAAUUGUCGGGAACGUCUCGGAAGCAUCGUGCGCAGAUUCUGGAAACGUUCCCGCAGUGAUAAGCCCCGGAAGCUGACCCCCGGCGAGCGCGUCAGCUGCGAUCCAGUUCUUUGCGGCGACGUCAACGCCGUUGACUCCAAGGGACGCACGCUGCUCUUCUACGCGGCGCGCUACGGGCAGUUGGAGACGGCUCGACAGCUGGUAGAGGCUGGGUGUGGCCUUGACCAGACCGACUUCCUGGGAAUGACGCCACUUCACGAGGCGAUUGAGAAGGGACAUCUAGAGAUCGCUGAGGUGUUCUUGAAAGACGGCAGGGCCGAUCCUAACAUUCCUAAGCGUGACGGUAUGACGCCAUUGAUUACGUCAUCGGCACGCGGUGACCUGGACGCGGUUCGUCUGCUCCACAAAUACGGAGCAGAUGUAAACAAAUGUGACGUCACCGGUUGUACCCCAAUUUUCAGAGCCAUCCAAAGCGGAUGGAACGCAAUUGCUGAUUUCCUGUUAGACAAACAGUGUGACGUCAACAAAACGGCAGCCAAUGGAAUGACCUGCUUCUUCGCGGCUUCGCACUGCAACAAAAUCAACGUUAACCAGAUCACAAGACGACUAUUAAAAGCAGAUUACGAGUUCAAGAAAGACAAGGAGUGGCUCGAGACGGAAGGCUUUCCAAUCACGAUGGAGGAUGACUCGGAACUUUACGUCAAAAUAGCAAAAAGGGCGGGGCUACGGAAGGUCAAAAGGCAAAACACAUUCAUGGCCUCGGGCAAGCGAAUGCAGUUCAGUUGCUUUCGGUCGAAUUCUACCGAAGGGUAAAUUAUUACUAUUGUGAUGUACUUAAUAAGCCGUUAUGUGGAAUAGCGCUUGACAUUUUUUGUCACCGCUUUCAUUAUUAUUCUUCAUAAACAAUGAUAUUGUUAUGACAUGAUAAUUAUAAAAAAAUCUGUGGAUGUGCAAAUUAUGAAGGUACAAUAAGUAUUGUAAGGGAACUCCAAAAGCAUUGUUUGCCCUACUUUAUUUGACCUAUCCUGUAAUUUUAAAUCUAAGAAGUGUUCAGGAAUUAUGCAAGCCUUAUUGAUAAAUGUUUAUAGUAAAUCCUUCGUUCGAUUAAUAUACCGUGUAUAUAGUCGUGUCAAAUAUUGUUUAUGCUAUUUAAUUGUAAUUCUGUUAAUUGUUGUCUUCUUUAAAUGCUUAACCAUUUGUGGUUUUAUACACACUAUUUGUAUGUUAUUGUUUUAUUUGUAUGCGACUGUAUGUGCUAAUUGUUUACAAGUUCUUCUGUAAGUCUUAUUCACAAUACAAUAAUUGGUUUACAUCGAUGUAACCUGUGAUACAGUACGAAGUAACAAUUCCAUGCCCCAUAGUCGAUUUCUAUAAGAAUGUGCGAUAUAGUGUCCGGAAAGUAUACACUGUUGACACCAUAUGAGCCUUGUUCUGAGAAAACUGGGCUUAAUGCAUGUGCGUAAAGUGUCGUCACAGAUUAGCCUGUGCAGUCUGCAAGGCUAAUCAGGGACGACACUUUCCGCCUAAAUUGGAUUUUUGCUAAGAAGAGACUUCAUUUAAAUGAACAAUGUCAUAAAACAGAAAGUGUCGUCCCUGAUUAGCCUGUGCGGACUGCAAAGGCUAAUCUGGGACGACACUUUAAGCACAUGCUUUAUGCCCAGUCUUCUCAGAACACGACUCAUUUUAUUACCAAUAUAUUCAUUUUUUUUAGAAAUAGCGCUAGCUUAGGUGAAGUUUGUAGAUCUUUUAUACUAGGGUACGUUUUAUUCUUCAUUUUACCUUUCGAAGAUCAUUAUGUGUUUUGUUCAUAGGUAUGAUCUGCUCGUUGUUUAUAUUCCUUAUACAUGGAAAAUAAAAUAAUAGAGAACUGUU